UCAGAAUCCAGUUUAACUUCGGGAAACAGAAUUAUCGGGAGGGAACAAAAGAAAAGUCGAUUUUUCAAUACUGUCGACUUUUACCCCCUUUUACCCCAAUAACCAUUGGGUAAAAGAAACGACUUCCCAAAAAUUUUAAAAACUUACUGCAGCUUUAAUUUUCACUCACAAGGCACAAUCCUCUCUUCCUCCUUAACACACCUGUCUCCGUUCGAUCCCACUCGCCUUCCGACGAUGUCGACGAAGAGACCGAGAGUUCCACCGGUUCUAUGGAGGUUGUUCCAUAACCGUGCACGUACUCUAGGACAUACAAUUUUAUCUCUAGUUCCUUCAAAAACGUCGACGAAUUGCCUCUGCAAGGGUCGCCAGUGCCUCGGAUGCGUCGGCGAAAAUGGCGCCACGUCAUUUCUGAUCAGGGAAAAGGAUUCAGAUGAUUAUCGGAAGCUUCUCAACAAAUGCUUCGUUGUCCUCUCCGACAGCACGCCUCCUCUCCACGUGUACGAUCCUCACUGCCGCUGGUCCCACCUUGAGCUUGUUAGGAGGACAAUAGAAAUGACAAUAAUCGAGCAACCCAACAACGUUAUAUGUUCUGGUUAUGAUAAGAUGAGCCGCUUCAGUGACAUAGUAGAACUUUUGACAUCACCAGCAUGGAGCCUUCUCCUUAAAAGGAUUGGGGAUGUUCUCAUGGUUUAUUUACUAAAGAACACUUCAAUAUUUUUUCGACUCCCUCGAAACAAACACCGUCAGGUGGCUGGAGUUCCCAUCUGUGACUUACGCCGAAAAUCUCUCCUGCAUGUAUCUGCCACUACCUAUAAGCCUUCAUUACUUCAUCCUGAAUCUAGGAAAAAGAGAAGUGUAGAUGAAGUUUACUCAUCAAUGAGGAAAAAGAUGUGCAUUAGGAAAAAUUGUGCUGCGGAGAAGUUAUCGACAGAAACUACAAAAUCUGCUUCUGGUGACGUGCUUCCAUCUAGGGAAGGCCAAUUUUACUCAAUUACACAUACUUCCUUGUGUGGAAAGCGUAAAAGACAGUUUAAAUGGCAGCGUCAGAGGAAGCGUAAGCAGUUGAAGGCUCAAGAAAAAUAUUCCUUAAUCCCUUGUAUGAAUUCCAACACUAAGGACAACUGGCCGGGAGACCAGAAUUGUGAUUCCUUAAUCUCUUGUAUGAAUUCCAACACUAAGGACAACUGGCCGGGAGACCAGAAUUGUGAUGUAAGCUCAAAUUCAGUGCUUCUUCUUGAAAAGAAAAAUACUUGGUGCUCUUGUUGUUUGGUCUUUCAAACAAUCCCAGAGGUCAAAAAGGAAGUUCAAAUCAACAGGCAAACCAUCUUCUACAAGUUGGAAAGUUUUCCUUCAGUGUUCCCAUCCAAGCACAUCUUGAAUUCGCUGAAGCCAGACUCUUCUGGAGCAAAUAGACUCUUCAAGGAAAUUUUUAGAUCUCUUGGUGUAAAUGUCACUACUCAGAUAGCUUCUUGCACGCACAGCAGCAACUGUACUUUUAUCAGAUCCACUUGUCUAUACCAUUCAAUUAUUAAGUUGCUGAAAACUCUCAUCCGCAAAGCUCACCAUUGCCAACAUGUAAGGCUGUUGGAAAAGCACUGUUCUUCCACUCCAUCAUUGGAUCAAGAUACCAAAAAUAUUAUUGCAACUAUCUUGGAGAGACACGAAACCGAAGCAAGUAUACUUGCAAAAGGUUGUGCUGAAAGUGGAUUAGCUCACAAUGACAUCGACUCCGAAAGUUGCAGCACAACUCCAGGAUCACAACCCUCUCUUUUGGAGCCAACCAAGUGUUAUUGUAUGAAGAAGCAGGUUGUAUCAUUUAUUUGGGCUGUUUGUCGAAGUAUAGUGCCCAUAAAUUUACUGGGAACUCCUUCUAAUUGGAGAGUUCUAACAAAGAAUAUUUCCAAGCUUGUUAAGCUACGAAGGUUUGAGAAGUUCACGCUCAAGCAGAGCAUGAGGAAAAUUAAACUAUCUAGGUAUCAUCUACUAUCAGAUCAGUACUCCUUACUGAAACAUAAACUACUAGAGCACUGGAUAUUUUGGUUCUUUUCUUCAAUUGUUGUGCCACUGGUUCAAGCUAACUUUUACGUAACUGAAGCUGAGCAUGAGAAACAAGAUAUAUUUUAUUAUCGCAAGCCUACGUGGGAGAACAUUAUUUCCAAAUUUGUGACUUGCUUGAGAGAUCAAGGUUAUCAAGAAUUAAAUGUUGCAUCUGUCAAGAAAAUAAUAUGGAAUAGAUCUUUUGGUUUCUCAAAAGUUCGACUUUGUCCAAAAGGAAAGGGGGUAAGAAUGCUGGCUAACCUUAAAGCAUCGGCAAAGUUGCCUGUGAAUCCUCCAUUGCAAUCCAAAGGUCUGAGAAAAGUAGGUGUUGGUAGAAAUGUUAAAUGUUACAAUUACAAAUCUGUUAAUGAAGUCCUCAAAGAUUUGCACUUGGUGCUCAAACAUAUAGUAGUAAAUGAACCAGAGAGGUUGGGUUCAUCUGUAUUUGACUACAAUGAUGCAUAUAAAAGGCUUCUCCCUUUCUUAUCACUCCUGAAGAGCGGUUUUUCUGUCAAACCUGGAGUUUUCAUCAUUGUAUCAGACGUUGAAAAAGCUUUUGAUUCUGUAGACCAAGAUAAGUUACUGAGUGUGCUGGAUGAUCUCAAUUUGGAGGAAGAAUAUUUUUUAAGCAAAGUUGUUCAAGUUGUGUGCACUAAGAAAUCAUUACGGAUACCACAAAACUGGACAUUAGUGAGUAAAGAGAAUGCCCCUGACUCCGCCAAUGCUAGGUCUUAUCUUCCCACUGGCUCAUUGCAUGGCAUUCUUGUAAAGCAACAGGUGCAAGGCAGAAAAGUAAGAAAAGAACAGCUUCAAAAUGAUAUGAAGGAGCACAUAAGGCGCAAUGUGCUGCGGUUAGGUAGCAAUUUUUUCUUGCAAUCUGUUGGUAUACCUCAAGGGAGUGUUUUGUCCUCUAUGCUCUGCUCUUUGUAUUUAGGACAUCUCGAGAAGUCAGUAAUAUUUCCAUUCCUUGACAAAGCUUGUGAACCUGCCCCUGGAUUUCCUUCGGAGGAAUGUUUUCUCGAUGAUACAGCUUCAGGAUAUGCUCACCUCGUAAUGUGUAAACCUAGCUAUCUGUUACUUAGAUUUAUUGAUGACUUGCUUUUCAUCUCAACCUCAAAGGAACAGGCUUCUAGGUUCUUCUCACGGUUGCAGAGAGGGUUUCGAGCCUACAACUGCGACAUGAACAAAAAGAAAUUUGGAAUGAACUUUCAGAUAAACACUAUACCAGAUCUGAGAUCAGAUAGAUUGUAUGUGGUUGAAGAUGGAACCUCAUUUCUUCGGUGGAGUGGACUUUUUAUCAACUGCUCAACGUUGGAAAUUCAGGCAGAUUACACGAGGUAUUUGAAUUUCCCGCUGAGUUCAACACUCACUGUGGGCUGGCUAAAUAAACCAGGCCGUGACUUAAAGGUUAAGCUGUGCGGUUAUCUGAGACCGAAAUGCCAUCCUAUAUUCUAUGAUUCUAACAUAAACUCAGCAGCUGUGGUCAGACUCAACAUUUAUCAAGCUUUUCUUUUGUGUGCCAUGAAGUUCCAUUGCUACAUCUCUGAUUUAUCAAGCAUAUGUAGAUUCAGCACCAAAUUUUAUGCAGCUGCUUUGGGAAAAUCAUUGAGGUAUAUGACAAAGCUCAUCAAGAGGAGGAUGUUCUCCUUCAAAACUGGUUCAGAUUUUCGUCCAAUUCUCGAAGUGGGGAAAGGUGAAAUCGAAUGGCUUGGAUUAACUGCUUAUAUUCGCGUUUUGAAGAGGAAACAAUCAAGAUAUAAGGAAUUGUUACGUGUAUUAGAUUCUAAGCUCAUGGCGCUUGGUAAGCAAGAAAGUACAUUAUCAGUAUUACAAGAAGCCACAGAUGAUAAGCGUUCCUCUAUACUAUGGAAGAUUAAGUAUUGACAACAGUAGGAAACAUACCUGUGUUGAUUAACUCUUUUGCAUUCUGUCCACAGUCCUCUGAUGAAAAAAGAAGGUUGUAAAAUUUUUAAAGCUUCGGUCUGGAGCCUUCUAAGAUGAGCUUGAUAUCAAAAACUAUACCAUGUAGUUCUCCUGAUA